AUGGAGAACCCACAUGAGGAGAGGCAGGCAAUGUUAUUGGCACGAAUCAUAAAAAAUGCGGAUAAACUUCACGAAGCCAUCAUUGAGAUGAAUAAAGCCGUUGCGGAAAUUAAUACGGCCAACGAAGACAUUGUUAUUGCUUCUGAACUAUUUGCUAAUUACCGACGGAAUGUUGCUUAUAACUUGACGGCGACCAGUACAACGGAGACCAGUCUCUCGGAGUAG